AUGGGAUCUAGCGAGGAACCCGUUCUCUUUGCUAAGAUUAUGCAGCGACCUUUUCACGCCUGGCGCUCGACACGACCAGCGGAGCUGGCCAUCACCUUGCAGUGCGGUAUAUUUCCCCGCCAGAUCGACGGCGGCACGAGUGUCUUCGCUGAUGAUAUCUUUGAUAAGAUCCUCGUACGCAGUGGCGAGGCUGGUGAGGCCCAUCUUCUCACGCAACAGAGUGAUGCGACCCUGGACGAGGAGUUGCAUCUGGUAGGCCUUCUCCAGAAUAAGGGGAAACGCGAAAUCGACGCCUCACACGAGAUGCCCCACCUCUGGCGCACCAAGUAG